CGGACAAAGUGUUUUCUUCUUUCUUUCUCCACACUCUCUGCAAAAAUGCUACUCUCUCUAGUUACUAUGGCGUCUCCAUCAACACUUUCGCGUAUAAAGCUCUUACUAAAACCACCUUCGCUUUUCUCCGCAUUCACCAAUCUCCGUAGAAGCCAACUUCCACUCAAAUCGGCGUUUACGACUUCUUCCAGCGCAAUCUCAUCCUCUUCGAAACGCCACGCCGAUGUCGUCGUUUUGGGCAUCGAAACUAGUUGCGAUGACACCGCCGCGGCUGUCGUAUGUGAGAAGCGACGGUGAGAUUCUGAGCCAAGUGGUGUCAUCUCAGGCAGAUCUGCUUGCAAAAUAUGGAGGAGUUGCUCCAAAAAUGGCAGAAGAAGCUCACUCACAAGCUAUAGACCGGGUUGUGCAAGAAGCCCUUGAUAAAGCUUAUAUGACUGAGAAAGAUCUCACUGCUGUUGCUGUUACUAUUGGUCCUGGAUUGAGUCUCUGUCUUCGUGUGGGGGUUCAGAAAGCCCGUAGAAUUGCUGGCAGAUUUAAUUUACCAAUUAUUGGCAUACAUCACAUGGAGGCUCAUGCUCUGGUGGCCAGGUUAAUUGAGAAAGAUUUGCAGUUUCCUUUCAUGGUCCUGCUUAUUUCAGGGGGGCACAAUUUACUCAUUCUUGCACGUGAUCUUGGACAAUACAUACAACUUGGAACUACAAUAGAUGAUGCUAUUGGUGAGGCAUAUGACAAAACAGCAAAAUGGCUUGGACUAGAUUUGAGAAGAAGUGGUGGUCCUGCUAUUGAGCAGCUUGCUAUGGAGGGAAAUGCUGAAUCAGUCAAAUUUUCUAUUCCAAUGAAGCAGCAUAAAGAUUGCAACUUCUCCUACGCUGGUCUUAAAACCCAAGUACGGCUGGCAAUUGAGUCCAAAAAGAUUGAUGCCAAAAUUCCAAUCUCUUCUGCAAGUGAGGAAGAUAGAAUGUCACGGGCUGAUAUUGCUGCUUCUUUUCAGCGAACUGCUGUGUUACAUCUUGAAGAAAGGUGUGAAAGAGCAAUACAGUGGGCAUUGAAGAUGGAGCCUUCUAUAAGAGACUUGGUUGUCUCUGGUGGUGUUGCAUCAAAUCAAUAUGUACGGGCCCGACUUGAUAUGGUUGCGAAGAAGAAUGGCCUGCAACUUUUAUGCCCUCCUCCUGGGCUCUGUACUGAUAAUGGUGUAAUGAUCGCUUGGACUGGUAUUGAGCAUUUCCGCAUGGGAAGAUAUGACCCUCCUCCGCCUGCCGAAGAACCUGAAAACUUUGUGUAUGAUAUACGCCCAAGGUGGCCACUGGGAGAAGAGUAUGCUGAAGGAAAAAGUGAAGCCCGUUCCUUAAGAACAGCUCGUAUUCAUCCAUCUCUUACAUCUAUAAUUCAAGCAUCAUUGCAACAGUGACACUGCUUGAACCUCCAUAUUGCUUCAGCCCCUGUAUGAAGAUUCUCUGCAGGACAAGCCUCCCUUUGGACUUAUCUAUGAUUUUCCCUAAUGACAUCCGUGGCCUGAUUUUCAAUAUUACGUGAAAAUAUGUGUCCACUUUGUUGCUUUGCUGUGGAAAGUGGUCAUUGGCAUCGAGCAGUAUGUGGAGAAAUUCCAGCAAUGCAAUGUCACUGCAAUGAGAAACAUUAUAAUGAUGGUUGGUAGAAAUGAAAACAGGAGUGAGUUGGGGACAGACACAAAUUGAUUAUUCUUUAAACAAUUUUACCACUUAGAAUGGGAAAAAAGGCAAGGAAAUCUUGCAUUUAAAUCUUGUGAUUUAGGCAAUCUUCUGCAUAACCUCUGGAUGUAUGUUUAGGUUUUCGUCAUUCACAUCCACAUUUCUCAUUUCUUACCAUGCAUGACAAAAGUGUUGAUAUAACGUCUGUGUAGUAAGUCUUGACAUACUUCUUUUCCUCCAUUUGUAUAUUAUGAUUUUGGAAAUUUGGCUUCA